AUGGGUCAGUCUCAGUCGACAGGCUCAAAGGGUCCCAGCACCCCAGAGCAAGACUCAGGGCAGAAAACCGACUACUAUGAGCUCCUGGAUCUCACCCGGAGUGCAAGCGAUGACGAGAUCAAAAAAGCCUACCGCAGAAAAGCUCUUGAACUGCACCCAGAUCGAAAUUACGGGAAUGUUGAAGAAGCCACGCGGCUUUUUGCCGAAGUGCAGUCGGCUUAUGAGGUUCUCGCAGAUCCUCAGGAACGUGCUUGGUACGACUCUCAUAGCGACGCAUUUUUGGGUACAGCCCAGGGCUCGGAGGGCUCAGAAGGUGGUCAACAUUCCUAUAACAUACGGAUAACCACCGCCGAAGAUGUUCUCAAGGUCUUCUCAAGAUUUAGUCCUCGGAUGGAGUUUUCUGACUCGCCAGCUGGGUUUUUUGGUGGUCUUCAGGAUCAAUUCGCACAGCUAGCCCUCGAAGAGCGAUUGGCAUCUGAGUGGGAAAACUUGGAGGUGGUGGAAUAUCCUGCAUUUGGCUCUCGUGAUGCGGGAUUCGAGACAGUUGUGCGCCCGUUUUACGCUGUGUGGAGUGGGUUCUCUACGAAGAAAUCGUUUGCCUGGAAGGAUGUCUAUCGUUAUUCUGAGGCCCCUGAUCGCCGAGUUCGAAGGCUGAUGGAGAAGGAAAACCGACGUCUUCGGGACGAAGGAAUUCGAGCUUUCAACGAUGCUGUGCGGUCCUUGGUGGCGUUCGUAAAAAAGCGAGACCCGCGGUAUAAGGCCAAUGCCCAGAAUGAGGCUCAGCGCCAAGAGACCCUGCGCCAGUCAGUGGCAGCCCAAGCCGCCAGGUCACGGGCCAUGAACAAUGCUAAAUUGCGCGAACAUGUUGUUCCGGAAUGGGCACGUUCGCAUGAGCCCGACAUCAGCGACGAUGAGGAAACAUCUGAAAGCGAGAUCGAAAGUUUCGAGUGUGUAGCGUGCCACAAGUCUUUCAAGAGCCAAAACCAAUUCGAAGCUCACGAAAAGAGCAAGAAGCACCUGAAAGCCGUCAAGCAGCUCUGUCGGGAAAUGCGCCUGCAGGAUGAACAACUCGAUUUGAAGCCUACUACUGAACCCGAUGCCUAUGAUGAUAAACAGGGCAAUAACGAGGAAGUUGAUGAUGCACAUAUCUCUGGAAUUUCCAGUCUGGGGCCUGAGAUAGAUAUCGCAGAGACUGACGAACUUCCUUGCGUCGAACACAAAAGAGGUAAUACGUUGAGCGCGGAUGAGGAUACCUCUUCAACCCCUCCGGAUUCGAAACAAGAUUCUUCUGAUUCCGUAGACGAUGGAGAUUAUGCUUCACGGGAGUCAAUUGGAACGAGACUUCGCUCGGAUCUGGACCUUGUCCAUGAUCCUAUCACACCGUUGACUGAGCAGCUCUCUUCAUCAGGCCUUGAUGAACGUCCUCGGUCUCCUCCUGUUGGCAAAGCCAAACAGAGACGAGCAAAGAAAGCAGCACAGAAUCCUGGAGCAGCGGCAGGAAUCGCGUGCGCCAAAUGCCACGAAAUCUUUCCUUCUAAAACGAAACUUUUCGUCCACCUCCAAGAAAAUCCAACCCAUGCACAAUUAAAGACGACUUCAAAGAGCCGACGACGGUGA